GCUGUUUGUAUAUGACGAGCCGUAUGUAAAAUCCCCCCACCCUAACUAAUAUCGGGACCCUGUGUUAGCCAGAUAAGGAACGCUCUGGAGUGCGUGAGCCUUCUGAUAGACACACGGCAAGGAAAAAAAAAAGAGGGGGCAAAAGAAAGAUAAUCUCAUAAGACAAGCUUCCUUUUCCCAACCCAGGGUCUGAGCACAGAGCACCAGAAGCUGUCAUUAACCCACCCGGGGUACAGACUUACAUGCCUCAGCCAAGGGCGAGCAGAGUUGGAGAGUUGGACUUCUGUGGGACCCAAGUCUGGGCUGGAUGGAUGGGAAUGGGGAGAAGGGGCGACCCAUUCGGCCACGGAGUCCUUCAAAUCCUGACUAUCGUCCUGUGCCUCCCAGCAGUUAGCUGCCAGUGCAAGAUCCUGAAGUGUAAUUCUGAGUACCUUUCGGCCACAUCCGGACUACACCUGGGUGGGGAAGAGUCGGUGGAGUUCUGUGUUGCGCUGCGGGCCUACUCUCAGUGCACCCGCAAGACGGCUCGCGCCUGCCGCGGGGACCUGGCGUAUCACUCUGCCGUCCACGGCAUUGAGGACCUCAUGAGCCAGCACAACUGCUCCCGGGCGGGACCGACCCGGGCGCCCGCCCGCGCCCAGCCCACCUCGCAGGACUUCAUGGUGCACUCGGAUGCCCCCGAGACCUGCAGCUACGAGAAGAGCCUGUCUCAGCAUGGGAGGAAGGCCAACUACACGCACUGCGGCCUCUUCGGGGACCCUCACCUCCGCACCUUCUCUGACGACUUCCAGACCUGCAAGGUGCGGGGGGCCUGGCCCCUCAUCGACAACAGCUACCUGUUUGUUCAGGUCACCAACGUGGCAGUCGUCCGGACCUCCAGUGCCACGGCAACCAGCAAGCUGACGAUCAUCUUCAAGAGCUUCCAGGAGUGCGUUGACCAGAAGGUGUACCAGGCGGAGACGGAUGACCUUCCGGCGGCCUUUGUUGACGGCUCAAGGAACGGUGGCGACAAGCACGGGGCGAGCAGCCUGAGGGUGACGGAGAAGGUGUCGGGGCAGCACAUUGAGAUCCAGGCCAAGUACAUCGGGACCACCAUCGUGGUGCGACAGGUCGGCCGCUACCUCACCUUCGCCAUCCGCAUUCCGGAGGAGGUGAUGAGCUCGUUCGAGGACAACCAGGGCCUCCAGCUGUGCCUGCGGGGCUGCCCCACCAACGAGCGGAUGGACUGGCGCCUGCCGCAGUCGACGGGCGGCCGCACCACGCCCCGGGGCCGAGGGCCGCCGGAAGUGUCUGUGCACGAGACCGCGGCGGCCAAGUGCAAGCAGAAACUGCCCGUGGAGGACCUGUACUUCUGGUCCUGCGUUUUUGACCUGUUGACCACAGGAGAUAUGAACUUCACACUGGCGGCAUACUACGCUCUGGAAGACGUCAAGAACUUGCACUCGAACAGAGACAAGUAUCACAUUUACCAAAGGACAGCUGAGCUGCCGAUGGGGAACGGCGCUGCUGUCCUCCCCAGCAUCUGCUGCUCUGUGCUUGGACACGUGCUGCUGCUGUUCUGGCUCUGCUCCUUCGUGCCACGUCUAUAGCUGCUCCAGUGGGACUUCCCAGAAGCUGUCCGGUUGUUCCCCCGUUCUUUCCCUCUCCCCCGUUUCCCGUCGGUACCUGUCCCUUUCCUGCUGGCUCCUAAGUUAUUUUGAGACUGAGAAAGAUGCGCGCGCGCACGCACCCGCGUCUCUGCGUUCACGCUGUGUGGAAUCAGUCCGCGGUACCUAGCCGUUGUUUUGUGGUUGCAUGUUUGUGGUGAUCUGUAGAGCGUUUGGCCACAGCGCACAGAGGGUGCACUGGGAUGCGGUGUUGCAGUAAACCAGGGCCGUGUGCGGAGGUUCACUCAUCCCCUUACCCCAUCUGGUUAAAUCUCAGCUCUUGAGUUCCUGUCAGGAUUCCAAUCAAUCUCUCUUUCUCUCUGUCUCCCUGUCUCUGUCCAGUAGAACAGUGGAGGAAGCCAGUGUGAUUUUGCACUUUACUGUGUUCCUGGCACUGGGAAGACAGUGAUAGAACACUGGAUCCCACCCCUCACCGGACUGUCGCCAGCCCAUUUCACUGGAUCACACUCGAUCCCACCCCUCACCAGACAGUCGCCAGUUCGUUUCACUGGAUCCCACCCCUUACCGGACGGCUGCCCUCUCAUUUCACUGGAUCUCACUCGAUCCCACCCCUCAGCAGACUGUCGCCAGCUCAUUUCCCCCACCGACAGCGUGUCCUACCCCCCCCCCCCCCCGGAGAGGGAAAUGGGCCAACAGCAGAGCCCUCGGUUGUCGGCGGUCACAGUCGCCCCUUCGUUCUGACCUGCCGCACUAAACCCAUCGCAACACGUGUUGCGUUGGUUUAUUACUGUCGCAGGCGUGGGGGGUGGGGGGGGGGUAGAGUGAAAAAUGUUAACAUGCUAUUCAUACAAUGCGUUGAGGCAGUACAAGAUAAGAGAAUGCAGAAUAGAGUGUGCAAUGCAGCCAGACAAUAAGGCGCAUCAAGGCCUUAAUGAGGUAGGUGUGAGGCCUAAGAUCCAUUCAAUCCUACUGAGGAUCUCUCCAAUAGCUGUAUAACAGCAGGAUAGAGACUGUCCCUGCAACCUGUUGGUACGUGCUUUAAGGCUUUUUUUUGAUCUUCUGCCCAGUGGGAGGAAGGGGAGGAUGUCGGAGCGGGGGCGGUCUUUGCUUGUCUGCUUUGCUGAGGCAGCGAGAGGUGUAGGAGAGCCUGGCCCCUGUGAUGUACUCAGCUGUGCCCGCGACUCUCUGCACUUCCUUGUGGCCACGUGCGGAGCAGUUGCUGUGCCCGGCCGGGGUACGUCCAGGUAGGGUGGUGCCUCUGUGAAAGUCGGUGAGGCCCAAAGGGGUCGUGCCAGAUUUGCUUUGCUGCUUUCAGGGUUUUGAUAGCAGUCCGUCGAACCUUUUGGCCUUUUCCCUCCGCUUGCCAAGCAAAGGGCCCUUCCUCACUUGAACAUCUAGCGAGUGGAUGCUAGCAGACUACUUGCACAACUGGGGGGGGGGGGGGGGGGGGGG